AUGGAAAUCACUGUACAAAAUAUAUCUUCUACAUCUGCAAUUGUGACGUGGUCCUCAACUGUUAACUGUGCUGAAAAUUUUUACAGCAUCAUGUACCAUCCCAGCUGGAAUACACUACUGUCUGGAUAUCCAAGGAAAAAUUUUCAGAAAGAAGAAAAAGUGCCAGUCAGUCAGAAUUGGCUGGCCAUUGAGAAGUUGACUCCACUAACCAUGUACAUGUUGUGCAUCACCUGCCAGCCAGCCAGUCCUACUAAUGAGCAAUGUACAAUUUUUAGAACAGCACCCCAAAACGCCGCUGCGGUAACCAGCAGGAAGAAAGACCUUGCUAUGGGAAUAUGGCUAACAAGCAGCGUUCUUCUCUUUAUCAUUGCUGGUAUACUAUUAUAUGGCUGCCUCCACAUUUGGUGCUGCAAAAGGCGAGAACUCCAUGAAGGCGUGCAUAUGAACUCUGAUCAUGCAGGAACACAAGCUUGCAAUACACGAGUGAUGGAAACAGCACUUGAAGAUAACUUAGGUAUGCCCUGCAAUGUCAUUCUCAAUGCUGACAGUAGAACCAGUGGGAAUGUCCAGGUGAACACCAUAACUGAAAACCCUUUCACGAGCAUGCAAGUUGAGAAAUUAUCUGUAAGCAGCAGCCGCAGCAGCAAUGUGAAUAAUGGAUGAAAGUCAACACUGUGGUAAUUAACAGCAAACAUGUAUAUGAUCAUUUAAAAACAUUGGAAUAUCUGAAUAACUGCAAUUUUACUAGUCUGGACACAGUAUUUUUUUUUUGCUUGGAUUAAGUUAGAUCUAAAUGUUUUUGAC